UUCGCAGUUGUUUGCGGUACUUGGAGCAGUGGUGUGCUUUUUUGGCACUUUUCGUGGCACAUAUUAUUUCUCUGGUUGCAUGUAUGCGUAGCUUGUGGUGUGGCCUAAAAUUUCCUCCGACCAGUCGUGUUUGUUGCGGUAGUGGUAUUUAUUGUGGAGACGGAAUUAUUUGUGCUGAGCACAGGGGCAGUUCACUUCCUGCAGACGUUCCAGUAACAAUAAAUAAGCUUCUCUGUCAAUUGAAUUUAAUUCAAUUCAACCACUUUCGUAUUCCCACAAGAAAGUGUCCUCGUGUUCUGUGAUAAAAAAGGAAUAUCGUGAUCUGAUUGCGGAAGAAGCUGAUUUUGCGUAAAAUAAGAAAUAAUGAGUACACUGGCGCUUCGAUUUGCUCCCCGGUUCGGGAAAUCUGCUGCUAUCGUGGCUAGUUCCCAGGCAAACAGUUACUAUACUUAUUCCAACCAAAUAUCCCAGCCACUGGAUCGAAAGCCGACCUACACUACUGCCGAGGAAGCGGUCAAAGUCAUCAAGUCAGGAAGUACUGUCUUUGCCUCGGGUGCGGCUGCCACUCCGAUACACCUGCUCAAUGCGAUGACAAAUCAUGGCAAGGAGAACAAUCUGCGUGACAUCACCGUGGUGCAUAUGCACACCGAAGGUCCGGCAUCCUACUGUGCUCCCGAAUGCAAGGACAUUUUCCGUUCCAAGUCCACCUUCAUGGGUGGAAACGUACGAGCGGCUGUUGCAGAAGGCCGUGGUGAUGCCAUUCCGAUCUUCUUGCACGAAAUUCCCAUCCUGUUCCGCCGCAAGUUGAUCCAACCCGAUGUGGCAAUUGUUUCAGUUUCGCCUCCAGAUGAGCAUGGCUAUGCCACUCUAGGAACUAGCGUCGAUUGUGUGCGGGCGGCACUAGAGAACUCCAAGGUCAUAAUUGCUCAGGUGAACAAACAAAUGCCCCGAACGUUCGGAGAUUCGAUCAUCCACGAGUCGCAUUUUGAUUUCGCAGUCAACGUGGAUAUUCCGUUGCCGGAGCAUGGAGGCAAAGGUAUUUCCGAAGUUGAAAACAAGAUCGGCCAUUUGAUUGCGGAAAAUCUAGUCGAGGACGGUGCCACUCUACAAAUGGGCAUCGGUAACAUUCCGGAUGCGGUCUUGAAUGCGCUGCACAACCACAAGGACCUUGGCAUCCAUUCUGAAAUGUUCGCCGGAGGCGUAGUGGAUCUAGUCAAUAAGGGUUGCGUCACAAACGACAAAAAAACCUACCACCGAGGACGAAUCGUUGGUUCCUUCUUGAUCGGCACUAAGAAGUUGUACGAUUUCGUCAAUAAUAAUCCAUUCAUUGAAAUGUUGGAAAUUAACUACGUUAACAACGUGGGCAUAAUCGCCCGCAAUCCAAAGAUGACUGCCAUAAAUUCCGCAAUAGAAGUAGAUAUAACUGGUCAGGUGUGCGCUGAUUCGAUUGGUACACGAAUGUACUCUGGAUUCGGCGGACAGGUCGAUUUCAUUCGCGGCGCUGCUGAAGGUUUCGAUGGCAAGGGUAAACCCAUUAUUGCGUUACCAUCGAUCACCAAUAAAGGACAAAGCAAGAUUGUACCCACACUAAAAUUGGGGGCUGGUGUUGUAACUUCCCGAGCUCACGUUCAUUACAUCGUCACCGAGCACGGAAUCGCAAAUCUAUUCGGCAAAACUUUGCGCCAGCGAGCCUACGAGUUGAUCCAUGUUGCCCAUCCCGAUCAUCGUGAGGCUCUGGAGAAAGCUGCAUUUGAACGGUUGAAGACAAUGCCGACGCCAAACUAAAGAACAAUCAAACAGUACUCUACUCUGAUUGAACAUUUUAUUUAACAGAACAUUGUUUUAUAGGUUUUAUGUCGUAUUCCACAAGCGCGCAUAGCUUGUUAUCCUAUUCGAAAUUUUGUUUAUCCCAUUCAGACCAGUAGGCUGGUAGAAAACGAAAGGUUAGCAAAACACAUUUCGGCUUUGGUUUCAUAUAUGUUUACGUUUGGUUGCAAAGUAAAUCUCUCAAUGUUAAACCCGUGGCCCACGUCCUGCAUUACGACCGACCAGCCUUAUUCGAGCCGGAUCGCCUUGUAACUUGGAUCAUUAACUAAACAUAAAAGCGCCACAGUAAUUGUUCGUAACGUACUAAAAUGUAACUUCAUUACACAAACAAGAGAUUGCGAGAAUUACAAACCAUCUAUCUCCAAAUGUGCAUUGCGUAUUUUUAUAAGCUCAGAACUAGAACUAAGUAGUAAGUGCAUGAUUAUCAACAAUGUAUGCAACGUCUUGAAAGUUAAAAUUUCGUGCAAAAUAAACUAUUGUUAAUAAGAUCUACAA